GUGUUUUAUGGGAAGGAGGUUUGAUGUAAAUUAUAAUAUAACAGAUGUGUAAUUUUGAAGGUCAUACUUACUUAAUGAUAGACCUAGCGAAAUUUCGGAAUUAUUCCGGAAAAACAGAGAGAAACAUAACUUAUUUUUGGAAAAACAGAAAUUAGUAACUAGGGCUAGUUACUUAAUUUAUUUGUUAAUUUAAAAGCGAUUAUUUCUGCCUUUAUUUAUUUGUAUAAAUAAUAAUUUAUAUUUGAGUUAAAUAAAAUAGAAUUAAGAUUAAAUAAAACACAUAAUAAAACUUCUUGCAGUAUUUUCACAGAUGACAGAAGCUCAGACAGAAUUUACUUCAAAACAAGUUUCAAAAUAAUGACUAACCUAAAAGCUUAAGACAAAACAUAAAUAUAAAAAUAAAUUCUAGUAAAAAAUGAAUAGCAUAAAUCUUCUAAAAACUGCUAUCCUCAAGCCAUCUUUGAAAUGUAUUCCUACCACCAAUUUGAUUACCAAAAGGUUCAGAAGACCUUCGUUAUGUGCAUACUUGGACUAUCCCGACAGGAGACCGUGCUUCGACAUCUGCAACGUGAAGAUAAUGCGUGGAGACCAAUCAACAGGAACCAUUAUCCAUCCUUUCCUAUACGAACACUAUUGGUCUAGGGAACCUAGCGUCUGUUCAUUAUGGAUGCAUCUGGAUAAUGAUUACAUUAGGUUCCUUACCGACAAGUACUCUUAUACUGGCGACCGAUUCUUAGCUAUGGAACCAAUGGAACGUACAGGAGAAUGCAAGCUGGUGGGCGUUCUCGUCGCCAACAAGAUCUUCCCCUGGGAGCCGAAGGAACUCGAGGAAUGGGCAGAUGCCACACCCUCGGUGCCAGAGCGCAGUCGCAUGUAUUUUUACUCACAUUGCUACAGCAGAUCCAAUCUGUGGAAGAAAUACAAUGUGCAAUAUAUUUACGAGAUCGAGGUAUUAACAACGGCAUCAGAGGUAACAAGCCACGGCGUAGCGACGUUACUAUUGAAGUACGCCCUUAAAGAGGCGUUGCUGUUACGUCAUCCACUCAUACAGCUCAUCUCUACCAACGCUUAUAUACCCAAAGUAUGCGAGCGAUGCGGCAUGACGAAGGAAUGGUCAACGAAGUAUGCCGAUUUCGUCGACAGCUUCGGGCAAAGUAUAUUCUACCCUCGCGCUCCUCACACUGACUGCAAUAUUUAUAUUAAGAAGUUUGACCAGAAGGAGGCAGCUGCUUUGCCGUGUUUACCAGAAAUAUACUAGUGGCGGUCAGAGAAUUGAGAGCCCUAUUAGUGUCGGUCAGAAUAUAUUUUACCCCCAUACUCUUCAUACUGACUGCAAUAUGUAUAUUAAGAAGUUUGACCAGAAGGAGGCAGCUGCUUUGCCGUGUUUACCAGAAAUAUACUAGUGGCGGUCAGAGAAUUGAGAACCCUAUUAGUGUCGGUCAGAAUAUAUUCUAUCCUUCCUCUCUUCAUACUGACCGCAAUAUUUACGUUAAGUAGUUUGACCAGAAGGAGGCAGCAGCUUUGCCGUGUUUACCAGAAGUAUACUAGUGGCGGUCAGAGGAUUGAGAACCCUAUUAGUUUCGGUCAAAAUAUAUUCUAUCCUUGCUCUCCUCACACAGACAGCAAUAUUUAUAUUAAGAAGUUUGACCAGAAGGAGGCAGCCGCUUUGCCGUGUUUACCAGAAGUAUACUAGUUACGGUCAGAGUAUACAUAUAUUAGUAUUUAAUUUAUAUUCACACGAAAAAUAAAUCACCAGUUUCCCUGC